AUACACAAUGGAUGUCCUGUCGUCCAUCACAGAGGACAAGUGCAAGAAGUUGUCCGAGCCUUCCACUGGACAGUUUGCCAUAUCAUGCGCACUUCUAGGAUGGCUCUUGGUCUCUUACAUUCCCCAAUUUGCGCGCAUCAUUGGCCGUAAGUCGGCAGAAGGACUCUCGACUCUGUACAUCCUUCUCGGUUCUCUGUCUGGAACUUGCGCCGUGGCGAAUAUCAUGGUGUUGCCUGCAAGUCAGACAGAUAUUUCUUGCUGUAGACAUUACACGCGCUUUGGCUGUAUCUCACGCUUGCUGGGUAUCUUCCAAGUUGUCAGUGGUGUUAGUCUGUUUUGGUGCAUCAUGUUCCUCUACGUCUACUUUUCAGAAGAAGAAGCAGAUGCUGAGCUUCAUGGUCGCCGCCGCUCUUUGUCAUCUCCUGACCGCACUUUCCGCCGUGCUCGCCGCGCUAUUCGUCUCGUGAUUAUUGUUGUGGCAUUUGCAUUUGCUAUUAUGCUCAUCAGUGCUGUCAUCCUCAACCGCUUCCCUUGGUAUUCGCAGGAAUGGGCCAAUGUGCUGGGUAUCUGCGUUGCGUGCUUUGCUUGUGUGCAGUGGGUGCCGCAAGUGUGGACGACCAUCCAUCUCGGUCAUCUAGGGAGUUUGAGUCUGGCGAGUAUUUGCAUGGGUGCGCCUAGUCUCUGGUUUGAAGGGUUGGAUGCUGACGUUUGGUUCUCCGGAAUANNGUAUACCUGGAUCUUCGGCAUCAACAUGAUCAUCCGCUUGGGUCUUUCUGGCUGGUCUGUCUGGAUCGUUUAUGUGCUGGUGGGCAUCAUGCAACUUACCCUCAUUGUCACCGCCAUUAUCUACAUGAUCCGCGACAACCGCAAAGCACGCCGUGUUGAUGCCACCUCCGCCACUUCUCCCUCAGCCAGAAGAGAUGUCUCAGAGUCUCCGAGCACCAGGGCUUUGCGACCGCAACUCAAUUCUUGGAAUAGCUUUGCUGCGCCUGCUACCGAGGACGAUGAGAGGACGCCGCUGUUGGCGGGCAGGAAUGCUCAUGUGGAGGAGACUGCUAGUCCCAGACGUGUUGGC